UUGAAUCUCUACAAGCCAGUUAUUCUUCUUCUUCUCUUCCUUCUUCAGUCCCUUUGAUCAUAAUCAUAAUGUCAGUCACUUUUCCUCUAACAUCCAAAAGGAGAAGAUUAACCCAGCUUUAUUCCACGGCUACAGUUGCAGCGAUGAAUGAAAGAUUUGGACGAGAGAUUCAUGUUUUUGAAACAUCUUCACUUUCUCCAUCACAAAAUUCUACAACAAACAAAGAAGACGAGACCGAUGAGUUCUAUGAGUUGACUGAUAAUGAUUAUUACAAACUCUUGUCUACUAAAAAGGAAGAUAAAGUUUUGAAGACUCGAAAUCUUAGAGAAGCAGAAGUCGCAGCUUGCAGGCCAAGGAUAACCAAGGCUAUAAUUAGAGUUCGUUUUCCUGAUAAUCACACGUUGGAAGCUACAUUUAAUCCAUCAGAAACUAUCCAAAGUUUAGUUGAUCUACUCAAUAAAGUGAUUGCACAACCAGAGAAGCCAUUUGAUUUAUAUACGACUACGCCCAAAAAGAAGCUGAUCAAAGAUGUUUCACAGGAUUUCUAUACUGCUGGAUUUUGUCCUGGUGCCAUUGUGUACUUUUCAUAUGAUGUUUCAAAAGGUGAUAGCAACCAUGAUGGCCCUUACUUAUUAGAAGGGGUGAUGUCCUUGAAGGGUUUGGAUGGAUGUUGCUAAUGAUCAAGGUGGUGCCUCUUGAGCCUGCAACACAUCAAUCACUUGCUUCCGAAGAACGAAAACCUACCGAGAAAAAGCUGGUUAAACCAAAGUGGUUAAAAAUGCGAUAUCACUUUGUCUCAAUUGCAGUUUAGAGGUUGGUUGAUGUAGGCAUAUCCCUUGUUCUGUCCUAGUAUGUUUGUUUGCUCUAUGGUGAUUUUUUCUUGUGGCUAAUUUUAAUUCGACAUAUGGUUCUUAAUUUAGUGACUUAAUCAUGCUAAUUAAAUCCAAGAGA